AUGUCGUCCUCGGACCGGUCGUCUCUGCACUCUGCCUCUCAGUACUAUCCCGCCGUGCUCCACCACUUGGAGGAGGACAUCCCGCUGCCGACCACUCUCCCGCGCAAUGCCAAGCCGCCCAAUUUCUCCUCCGAAUCCGUCCCUGCCGUUCCUGCACUCCCUGCCGAUGCCGCCGGGCCCGCACCUGGCCCUUUGACCGAAGCCGCGAGACUGCAGACGGCCUCAAGCCAUGGGCGGACCUCGAUGGUCGUCGACAAGCUCUUCAGAGUUGUUGAGCGCCGCAUCUACAGCUCGCGAAACAGCUCGAACGAAGAAGUCGACGGGUCGACGGCCCCCUCAAGCAACUCGAGUCUGCGCAUGGAGUUCGAAACCCUGUACGAGCGGAUCGCAAAGGAUCUGCGCCGCAAGGAUGCUGCCCAGAGCGUCCGUAGCAAGGCCAGCAACCCCUCCGAGACCUCCAGACGCAACCGCCUGAGCGCCUUUUUCUUCCCCGACAAAGCUAUGGGCUCACGCUCGCUCCAGCCCAUGGCCGAGCUGCCUGAAGACGAACUGGCCCGUGCCGAGAGCCAGUCCGAGGUCGAGGCUGAUCCAAACCGCCUCCGAACGGUCUUCUUUGUCGGAUUCCUGUUCCCGCCGGUCUGGUUCGUCGCCUCGUGCUCGUCGCAUAAUACCUCAUGGCGACUCUACAGCAGGUGGGCGGCGGCCCUGACGAUCCUGGCCGUCAUCGCCAUCGUGCUCCUGGUAUACUUUUUGGUGCUUAGAAAGAACUAG